CCACCGGUUAAUUUGAGACAAGAAGUCUGCCCUCGUUAUCGUUUGAGAUUAUACUGAGCUUCUUACGGACCCACUGUUUUCCUCCAAUUGCAUAGCAGGUAUGAUUUGCGAGUAUUAAAUCAGAUGUAAGAAAAAUAUUUUUAUGAUGAAGUUGCGGCCACAUAGAUCACAUGUGGACCAACCAACCCUUUCCCCCAUUCCUGUUUGUCGUAAGCCCAAACCCGCACGCUCCAAAUAGCCUGCCUUUCUCUCCGUGCGGGUCGCGGAUCCUCUCUCUCUCUCUCUCCGGUCUUUGCACACUGUAUUUGGUCGCUUCCUCCGCCCUCGAACGCCAGAAAACAUCAAUUGGAGCUGCGAAUUCGAUCUCGCCUUCCUUCGCUUUGCACCCGCGGCGCCCGGAUUCGAGCCCGGCCGUCGAAACCCUAGCGCGCCCCCCCUCCGCCCCACACUUUGGGCGCCGGAGCGGAGGGCGAUGGCGGCGGAACUGGGGCAGCAGACGGUGGAGUUCUCCGCCCUUGUGCGACGAGCCGCGGAGGAUUCCUACCUCGCCCUCAAAGAGCUGGUGGAGCGGUCCCGGGCGCCGGAGGACCAGCGAUCCGACUCCGAGAAGAAGAUAGACCUCCUCAAGUUCAUCGCCAAGACUCGGCAGCGGAUGCUCCGCCUCCAUGUGCUGGCCAAGUGGUGCCGACAGGCGAAGUUCAAGAUCAAUGCAAUACGCUUUGAGCUUAUCUCUGAUGGCACUGCAGCACAAGGAGCAAAUACUAGUGCUUUGCAACUGGCCCAAGACGGUGAACUCGAUUCAACUGGCCUAAAAACUCCUGGUUUGAAAAUCAUUUAUUGGUUAGAUGCUGACAAAAAUGCCGGGGGAUCUGAUUUUAGUUCACGUCCAUUUCUCAAACUUGAACCAGGGCAAGAUACACAGAUUAAGUGUCUACAUAAUUCCUUUGUAUUAGACCCACUUACUGGCAAGGAAGCUAUUUUUUCACUCGAUCAAAGUUGCAUUGAUCUUGAGAAACUCCUGCUAAAAGCUAUUGCAUGCAAUAUACACACCCGUCUGUUUGAAAUCCAGAGGGAGUUGAGUAAAAGUGUUAACAUUUGUCGAGGUACAGGUGAUGUUGUACUGAAGAAUGAUGGAAGUAUGGUAGCAGAUCUAAGAAAGAAGGAUGAAAACUCUAGUAUUGAGGAUUAUUUUGGGGAUGAAGUACUAAAAGUGCGAGCUUGUGGGAUGUCAUUUAUUACACUUGGAAUAAAUAUCCGCGAUUGUCAAAAUCAAUCAAAAUGGUUUCUAAAGGUGUGAUGAAGGAACACCUUCUGCUUGUUGCAAACAGCAUGACUUGCACUGGAAAACUUAUCGGUUUCAACACUGGUGGUUAUAAGGCGCUCUUUCGUUCUUUCAAAGUUGAAGUACCAUUUACUGAAGCCACUUUAUUUACACCAAUGAAAUGCUUUGAAAGAGCUGCUGAGAAGCAUCAGGUUGAUUCAUUAGCCAGUGUGGUUUCAUCCUGUUCAUGGGGCAAAAAUGUGGCUAUUGGGACUGGUGCACACCAUUCCAGAUUCUUUGGGAUAAGAAACAGAUGGCAAUGAACAAAGAUAUUGGAAAAGGAUUCUAUGACUUUCUGGAGUUAUCAAGGGAGACAUCCAGUGGAGAAGCAACUGGCAGAUAUCUAGCAGAUGUUGAUGAAAUGGCAGAAGAAAAUGGAAUUUGUCUAUCACCUGACCUCGAUGGAUGUAUGACUUUUGAUGAUGUUGAGUACAACUUUCAGAAAAGGAUUGGCCUGGUAAAUGGAAAAUCUGGCGAGUCUAGCUGGGAAGUGGAUCCAGUUUCGGUCAAGUCAGGUAACCGGGAGGGAUGGGGAGAUAAAGAAUCAACUCAUGUGGACAACUGUGAAUCCCCAGCAACCAAACAUAAUGUUUGGUCUAGUUGGGAUUCCAUCCAAGUGAAACAAAAGACUGUUGAAUCUGAGAAUCUGGCAGGUGAUACUGUACCUGGUGAAGAUAUGGAUGCACAGAAACAUUCUGGCACAGCAGAUGAGUCUGUUGCAUGGGGGAAAUGGACGGCAGACGGGAACUCAACUGCCUGGGACAAAUUGUCUCACAGGAAUUGUUGGAAUGAGGUAAGCAAGACCAAGGUGGAUUUGAAACAUGGUGAUGAGAGAGAUUAGUUGAGAAAGAGGUGAACAGGAGAAGGGAAGGGAAACAUAGGUUCAACAGCCACAACCUAAGUUCCUCAACUUGUUUUCCAAUAGGCUUGGCUAAUGAAAGGAUACACUACAUCUGUUAUGUAUUAAAGCAUCAGUAACUUACCUGGCAUUGACAUUUGAAAAGCACCCACAACUGCUCUAAAUAAGUCAUCAAUAACUUAUCUGAUGGGCUUUUCUGAAAAGGAAGCAUAAGUGUUCUAAACAAGGUUUAAACUAGAACAAUUUAAAUGUAUCUCUAAAGGCUUAAAUUUAUUUAUUGGUCUCA